AUGGCAGCAGUACUAUUGGAACCAUCCUUGUACACCGUGAAAGCAAUUCUCAUACUGGACAACGAUGGAGACAGACUGUAUGCUAAAUAUUAUGACGACACAUACCCAACAGUGAAGGAACAGAAGGCAUUUGAGAAGAACAUAUUCAACAAGACACACAGGACAGACAGUGAGAUAGCAUUACUGGAAGGCCUCACUGUUGUCUACAAAAGCAACAUCGACCUCUUCUUUUAUGUUAUUGGAAGUUCAUAUGAAAAUGAGCUUAUGCUUAUGGCUGUUCUAAACUGCCUUUUUGACUCCCUCAGUCAGAUGUUGCGAAAAAAUGUUGAGCGCAGAGCAUUGUUGGACAAUAUGGAGGGGCUUUUCCUCGCCGUAGAUGAAAUUGUCGAUGGAGGGGUGAUCCUCGAGAGUGAUCCUCAGCAAGUGGUACAUCGUGUAGCACUACGAGGGGAUGAUGUACCUUUGACAGAACAGACUGUCACCCAGGUCCUUCAGUCUGCAAAAGAACAGAUCAAGUGGUCACUUCUACGGUAG